CGAAGGCCGCGAAAAGACCAGAGUGCCCCGCCCCUCAUCCCCGAAGUCUCCAAACCCCUCGUCGGAAGAGGUGAGCAAGCCUUCACGAUGGCGGUGGCGGAGCUCUGGGAGACGCUGAAGCAGGCGAUCUUAGCGUACACGGGGCUGUCCCCGACGGCCUUCUUCACCGCCGUGGCGGUCGCCGCCGCGCUGUACCACGUCGUGUCGGGGAUCUUUGCGCCGCCGCCGCCUCCCCGGCAGCGGCCGCUCGAGGAGCCCGAGGCGCAGCCGCUCCCGCCGCCCGUGCAGCUGGGCGAGGUCGACGAGGAGGAGCUCCGGCAGUACGACGGGUCCGACCCCAAGAAACCCCUCCUCAUGGCCAUCAAGGGUCAGAUCUAUGACGUCACGCAGAGCAGAAUGUUCUACGGACCUGGUGGACCUUAUGCCCUAUUCGCUGGCAAAGACGCCAGCAGAGCUCUAGCCAAGAUGUCUUUCGAGCCCCAGGACCUGAACGGUGAUACCUCUGGCCUCGGGCCGUUUGAGCUCGACGCCCUGCAAGACUGGGAAUACAAGUUCAUGAGCAAAUAUGUGAAGGUCGGCACCAUCAAGAAGGCAGCUCCCGCAGAAGACGGCACCACAAGCACAUCCCCAGAAACAAAUGAAACAGUCACCGCCGAGGCAGAGACCGAGAAGGCACCCGCCACGGAGCACAAGCCGAGGGAGGUGAGCUCGGAGGAGGUAAAAGAGAAGGAAGCCACAGCCGACGCAGUCAGCGCCGAGAGCUAGAGCAAUCCCAUACCCCCUUGUGGUGGCAAUAAAUCUGUGUCAUUCAGUAUGUAAUCUGUACCAGCACGUUGGACAUGGGGAUAUAGUGCUGGUGCGCUGUUAUUGUUAGUCGGUAAAAUGGAGUGCUGGAUAUUACUGGGGUAGCGGGGUGUGCGUGUGCCUCCCCUUUGUUAAGCCGUCGGUUGAUACUUUUGGGUGAAUAAUUUAGCUGUUGUCUAAAGUA